CUUUCGCUGCAGGAGCUGCCAGGCAACUUUCCCCUGCUCUCACCCAGGCAAGUCGAGAAGCCCUCGGAGAGCUUCUGCAGUCUCCCGGUUCUCCUGUCCCUCGAUCGAGAGUAUUCUCUGCAAACUCAGAGCAUCUACAGUCCCCAGAGCAGACCCAGGAUGCGGCCAGGACAGGCAGGGGGCGCGCCGCUGCCGCUGCCGCUGAGGCUGGUGUUAGCGCUCAGUCAAGGCAUUUUAAGUUGUUGCUUGGCAUACAAUGUUGGUCUCCCAGAAGCAAAAAUAUUUUCUGGUCCUUCAAGUGAGCAGUUUGGCUAUGCAGUGCAGCAGUUUAUAAAUCCAAAAGGCAACUGGUUACUGGUUGGUUCACCCUGGAGUGGUUUUCCUAAGAACCGAAUGGGAGAUGUGUACAAAUGCCCUGUUGACCUGUCCACCGCUACCUGCGAAAAACUGAAUUUGCAAACUUCAACAAGAAUUCCAAAUGUUACUGAGAUAAAAACCAACAUGAACCUCGGCUUGACCCUCAAACGGAACAUGGGAACUGGAGGGUUUCUUACAUGUGGUCCCCUGUGGGCACAGCAGUGUGGAAAUCAAUAUUAUACAACUGGUGUGUGUUCUGACGUCAGUCCUGAUUUUCAGCUCUCAGCCAGCUUCUCACCUGCAGUUCAGACCUGCCCUUCCUUAAUAGAUGUUGUGGUUGUGUGUGAUGAAUCAAACAGUAUUUAUCCAUGGGAUGCAGUAAAGAAUUUUUUGGAAAAAUUUGUGCAAGGCCUAGAUAUAGGCCCUAAGAAGACACAGGUGGGGUUAAUUCAAUAUGCCAACAAUCCAAGAGUUGUGUUUAACCUGAAUACUUUUGCAACCAAAGAUGAAAUGAUUGCAGCAACAUCCCAGACAUUCCAGUAUGGUGGGGACCUCACAAACACCUUCAAAGCAAUUCAGUUUGCAAGAGAUUUUGCUUAUUCAGCAGCUUCCGGCGGACGAUCAAGAGCUACCAAAGUAAUGGUGGUUGUGACCGAUGGGGAGUCCCAUGAUGGUUCAAUGCUGAAGGACGUGAUUGAGCAAUGCAACAAUGACAAUAUACAGAGAUUUGGCAUAGCAGUUCUUGGGUAUUUAAACAGAAAUGCCCUUGAUACUAAAAAUUUAAUAAAAGAAAUCAAAGCCAUUGCCAGUGUUCCAACAGAAAGAUACUUUUUCAAUGUGUCUAAUGAAGCAGCUCUUCUAGAAAAGGCCGCGACAUUAGGAGAACAAAUUUUCAGCAAUGAAGGUACUCUUCAAGGAGGAGACAACAUCCAGCUGGAAAUGUCACAAGUAGGAUUCAGCGCGGAUUACUCUCCUCAAAACGAUAUUCUGAUGCUAGGAGCAGUUGGAGCUUUUGACUGGAGUGGGACUAUUGUCCGGGGGACAUCUCAUGGAUAUUCAAUCUUUCCUAAACAAGCCUUUGACCAGAUUCUGCAGGAUAGAAACCACAGUUCCUAUUUAGGUUAUUCUGUGGCUGCAAUUUCUACUGAAAAAAAUGUCCACUUUGUUGCUGGUGCUCCUAGAGCAAAUUACACGGGCCAGAUAGUGCUGUACACUGUUAAUGAGAAUGGCAAUGUCACAAUUAUCCAGGCUCACAGAGGGGACCAGAUUGGCUCCUAUUUUGGUAGUGUGCUGUGUUCAGUUGACGUGGAUAAAGACACCAUUACAGAUGUGCUCUUGGUCGGGGCACCAAUGUACAUGAAUGACCUUAAGAAAGAGGAAGGAAGAGUCUACCUGUUUACUAUUGUAAAGGGCAUUUUGAAUCAGCAUCAAUUUCUAGAAGGCCCCAAGGGCUUUGAAAACGCUAGGUUUGGUUCCGCAAUUGCAGCUUUGUCAGACAUCAACAUGGAUGGCUUUAAUGAUGUGAUCGUCGGUUCACCUUUAGAAAAUCAGAAUUCUGGAGCUGUGUACAUUUACAAUGGUCACAAGGACACCAUUCGCACAAAGUAUUCCCAGAAAAUCUUGGGAUCUGAUGGAGCCUUUAGGAGCCAUCUCCAGUUCUUUGGGAGAUCCUUGGAUGGCUAUGGAGACUUAAAUGGGGAUUCCAUCACUGAUGUGUCCAUCGGUGCUUUUGGACAAGUGGUUCAACUCUGGUCACAGAGUAUUGCUGAUGUGGCUGUGAAAGCUACAUUCACACCAGAAAAAAUCACUUUGUUCAACAAGAAUACUCAGAUAAUCCUCAAACUCUGCUUCAGUGCAAAGUUUAGACCUACUAGGCCAAACAAUCAAGUGGCUAUUAUGUAUAACAUCACACUUGAUGCAGAUAGAUAUUCAUCCAGAGUAACCUCCAGAGGUUUAUUUAAAGAAAAUAAUGAAAGGUGCUUGCAGAAGAAUAUGGUAGUAAAUCAAGCACAGAGUUGCUCUGAGUACAUCAUUCUUAUACAGAAACCCUCUGAUGUUGUAAAUUCUUUGGAUCUGCGUGUGGACAUCAGUCUAGAAAAUGCUGGCACUAGCCCUGCCCUGGAAGCCUAUUCUGACACAGUCAAGGUCUUCAGUAUCCCUUUCUAUAAAGAUUGUGGCGACGAUGGACUUUGCAUCUCUGACCUGGUUCUAGAUGUCCAACAACUACCAGCUGUUCAAGAACAACCCUUUAUUGUCAACAAUCAAAAUAAAAGAUUAACAUUUUCAGUAACACUGAAAAACAAAAAGGAAAGUGCCUACAACACUGGAAUUGUUGCUAAUUUUUCAGAAAACUUGUUUUUUGCUUCAUUCUCCAUGCCGGCUGAUGGUACAGAAGUAACAUGUGAAGUUGAUUCAUCUCAGAAGUUUCUUUCCUGUGAUGUGGGCUACCCUGCUUUGAAAAGGGAACAACAGGUAACUUUUACUAUUAACUUCGACUUUGACCUUCAAAACCUUCGGAAUCAGGCAUCUAUAAGUUUCCAAGCCUUAAGUGAAAGCCAGGAAGCAAACAAUGCAGAUAACUCAGUCAACCUCAAAAUUCCUCUCCUGUAUGAUGCUGAAAUUCACUUAACCAGAUCCACCAACAUAAAUUUUUAUGAAGUUUACUCAGAUGUGAAUGUUCCUUCUAUCGUGCACAAUUUUGAAGAUAUUGGUCCAAAAUUCAUCUUCUCUCUUAAGGUAACAACAGGAAGUACUCCAGUGAGCAUGGCAUCUGUAAUCAUUCAUAUCCCUCAGUACACCAAAAAAAAGAAUCCACUGAUGUACCUGACUGGGGUGCACGUAGACCGGGCUGGUGACAUCAGCUGUAAAGCAGAAAUAAAUCCUCUGAAGCUAGGACAGACUUCUUCAUCUGUAUCCUUCAAGAGUGAAAGUUUCUGGCACACGAAAGAGUUGAACUGCAGAACUGCCUCCUGUAGUAAUGUCACCUGCUGGCUGAAAGACCUUCACAUGAAAGGAGAAUAUUUCAUUAACGUGUCUACCAGAAUUUGGAACAGGACUUUUGCAGCAUCAACUUUCCAGACAGUACAGCUAACAGCAGCUGCAGAAAUUGACACCCAUAACCCUCAGAUAUAUGUGAUCGAAGAAAACACUGUCACGAUCCCCCUUAUGAUAACAAAACCUGACGAGAAAGCUGAAGUACCCACAGGAGUUAUAGUAGGAAGUAUAAUUGCCGGAAUCCUUUUGCUGUUGGCCCUGGUUGCUGUUUUGUGGAAGCUUGGCUUCUUCAAAAGAAAAUAUGAAAAAAUGGCCAAAAAUCCAGAUGAGAUUGAUGAGACCACAGAAUUCAACAGCUGAACCACUCAGCAGAUGCUUCUGUAGUGGGAACUGGCAGCAUCCCAGCUGGGGUUUUCUGUGAUGGUGAAUGGGGUUCUUCUUAAGUCCGAGUUUCUUAAUAUUUAAUAGGUGAACUAGCUUGAUAUUUGAAGAGAAGCUGCUGGUCAGUUUGGAAGGAAAAAAUUGUGGGUGGGGCCUUGGGAUAUAAAGGGUAAAAAACUUAUUUUCUACACGGAAGAAAAAAGCAAUCUUUAAACUGGCUGGUCCAGGGUUUACAUUCUAAUGUGUAUAUGUCACAAAGAUGAUGAAAUGCUUCCAGGCAUGACAAGUCUUAAAUAAAUUCUAAUAUUUUCUCAGAAUUUGGGGGAUGGGGAAUGCUAUCUUUAAAAUGAUUGAUUUAAGUAGCAACUCUAAAAAUGGAAGUACCCAGUAUAUAUAUUAUAUAUAAUUAUA